CCAGGCUGCGAUGCGAGUGAGGGAAGAGGAGAAGAGGAGGAAGGGUGUCACGCUUCCCGACCUCGACACCAUCCCAAAUUGCUUCCUCACGCAUUGCAAUUCUCGCGACGGAUCGACAGGAAGCAGAUUAUCCGCCCCCCCUCGUAAGUCAGAACCUGAGUGCCUUCUUCGAGAGGGUCAUUAUUCGGAGGGUUUCGGCGCCGUAUUGAGGGAGGACGAGGAGGCACAAGGCGUCGGAGCCUGGUGCUGGUAGGGUUUGCAGUUGGCUUGGCUUGUGUGUGAGGUUCGACGAUGUUUAGGAACCAGUACGACACGGAUGUUACGACAUGGAGCCCGGCGGGGCGCCUUCACCAGGUGGAGUACGCCAUGGAGGCUGUGAAGCAGGGUAGUGCCGCGAUUGGGCUGAGGUCUAAGACACAUGUGGUGCUCGCCACUGUGAACAAGGCUUCAUCGGAGCUUUCGUCCUACCAAAAGAAGCUUUUCAAGAUUGAUAAUCACAUUGGGAUUGCCAUGGCGGGGCUCACUGCUGACGGGCGUGUGUUGUCUCGGUACAUGCGAUCGGAGUGCGUCACUCAUAAUUUUGUUUAUGAGUCGCCUCUGCCGGUGGGGCGUUUGGUUGUUCAAGUCGCAGAUAAAGCGCAGGUAUGUACGCAACGCUCGUGGAAGCGGCCAUAUGGAGUAGGUCUUCUAGUUGCAGGACUGGAUGAAACUGGUCCCCACCUUUAUCAGAACUGCCCUUCUGGCAACUACUUUGAAUUCCAUGCUUUUGCAAUUGGGUCCCGUUCACAGGCUGCGAAGACUUACUUAGAACGGAAAUUUGAGAGUUUCAUGGAUUGCUCAAAAGUAGAGUUGGUUCGUCAUGCUCUUCAUGCUGUGAAGGAGUCGCUUCAAGAAGAAGAGCUUAGCAGUGCCAACUGUGGUGUAGCUAUUGUGGGUAUUGGAGAGCCUUUCGUCAUUCUUGACUCCAAGUCACUUCAGGCAUACAUUGAUUCAUUGGAAGAGGGCAAGAACGAUCAAGCGGCUAAACUUGAAGUAGAAGAGGAAGGAAACGCUGCAGUUAUUGAGCGACAGGAUAUUUCAGGUGGGGCAGGAGUAGGGGUUGGUGCUGAAGGCGAAGGCCCGACCGACAUGGAGACUUAGUGAGAGGAAGUCCAGAGACCACCAAAAGCAGGGGAAGGUGAUGCAUAGUGCUGUGGAUGUCAAGGGCUUGCUAUUUUUUGCACUCUUUGCUUCCUAAAAGUGAACGAAUCAUGCAGUUUACAAGUAUGUUAACGUCUUUAUCAUUUUCCUUGUGCUGCAUUGAAGCCAAUUUCGAUUC